AAAGUGAAGAGAAGAUAUAUGUAUGAACCACAACAACCCCACAUGGAAAUCAUUCACGGCUAACAAGCACUUCUUCCUCCUCCUUCAUGGUAUAUCCUCAUAGCAUCUUCUCUUGAUACUUCUCUCUCAAACAAACUCCAAAUUAAUCUUCACACCCCCUUCUUAUAUUCUUAUUAAUCAUUCCAUUCUAACUCUAACUCACAACAGAACACAGUUUUUAAUCAAACCAUGCUUCACUCCACUUCACUUCUUCACCAUAAUCACCACCGUUUUCUUUUCUCUUUCCGUUCUAAACCUUCACUUCUAGAUUCACACUCACAAUCACAACCUCUCUCUUUCUCAAAAUCAUUAUCUCUUCCAUCUUCAUCUUCUUCAUCAUCAUCAACAUGUUGCCACGUGGCACGUAUUUCUACAGAACCAUUAGAAUUAUCAACACCACCUCCCGGCUUCAAUUUCCGCCGCGAAAUCACCAGACUUACCUCCCUCCGAGAUAAGCUCGCCGCCUGCGAUACUAUCAACGACAAGCUUCGAAUCAUCAACGCUGAUUACAGAGUAAGACGUUUCUUCGGUUCCUCUUCCAGAAAUGCUGGACUAGCUAGGGUUUUAUCGACGCUUCAGUUGGAUUCGGAGAAUUUGUUUUUGUUGAAGUGUUUGGUAGCUGCGGGGCAAGAGCAUGUGUUGUGUUUGGAAGAAACUAUGCCGGAGAUGGGGUCGUCAGUGACGGGUUCUGGUUCGGUAAAGAGUGCGUUUUAUGCUUUGGCGAAGAUGAUUGAGAAGAUGGAUUCUGGUAAUGGAAAUUCUGGUGGUGGUUUUGGGAUGGGUUUGGAGGAUCAUGAAAUUCGGGAGUUGAAUAAGUUGUUAGAGACGUUGGCGCAAAUUGAGCGGUUCUAUGAUUGCAUUGGAGGAGUAAUUGGUUAUCAAAUUAUGGUUCUGGAACUUAUUGUCCAACAAUUGGUUGAACGGAAGAAUACAAAUUGGUCUCAGCACAUGCACGAAGUGAAAGAAGGCCAAAUUUUGGGAAUCGAUUCACCUACUGGGCUUGACCUUUCUGAAAAUACGGAGUAUGCAUCUCAAGCAGCUCUAUGGGGUAUAGAGGGUUUGCCAGACCUAGGUGAAAUUUAUCCUUUGGGAGGCUCUGCAGACAGACUUGAUUUAGUUGAUCCUAACACUGGUGAAUGCCUGCCUGCUGCAAUGCUGCCGUUUUGUGGGAGGACUUUGUUGGAAGGUCUUAUAAGAGAUCUUCAGGCUAGAGAAUUCUUGUACUUCAAGUUAUAUGGAAAACAAUGUAUCACCCCUGUUGCAAUAAUGACAAGUUCAGCAAAGAAUAACCACAAACACAUCACUUCCCUGUGCGAAACACUCUCAUGGUUUGGAAGAGGUCAAUCAACUUUCCAACUUUUUGAGCAGCCUCUUGUUCCGGUUGUUGGUGCAGAAGAUGGGCAGUGGUUGGUCACUAAACCGUUCAGUCCCUUGAGCAAGCCUGGUGGUCAUGGCGUCAUAUGGAAACUUGCUCAUGACAAAGGCAUCUUCAAAUGGUUUUUUUGUCAAGGAAGAAAAGGUGCAACUGUGCGCCAAGUCAGUAAUGUUGUGGCAGCUACAGAUGUAACCCUCCUGGCCUUAGCAGGGAUCGGUUUGCGUCAAGGAAAGAAACUGGGGUUCGCAUCCUGUGAUCGUGUCUCAGGUGCAACAGAAGGAAUUAAUGUACUGAUGGAGAAGAAAUGUCCAGAUGGCAACUGGGAAUAUGGCGUUUCUUGCAUUGAAUACACUGAAUUUGACAAGUUUGGGAUUACUAAUGGAUCUCUUCCAAAAAGUUUGCAGGCAGAGUUUCCAGCUAAUACAAACAUCUUAUAUGUUGAUUUACCAUCUGCGGAGCUUGUUGGAUCAAGUAAGAAUGUGAAUAGUAUACCAGGAAUGGUGUUAAAUACAAGAAAGACAAUUAAUUAUGUAGAUCAGUUUGGAAGACGCUGUAGCGUCUCUGGUGGCAGACUGGAGUGCACAAUGCAAAAUAUAGCAGACAAUUAUUUCAAUUCAUAUUCAUCUAGGUGCUAUAAUGGUGUGGAAGAUGAGCUAGAUACAUUUAUUGUAUAUAAUGAGCGGAGAAGGGUUACCUCAUCUGCUAAGAAAAAAAGAAGACAUGGAGACAAGUCUUUACGCCAGACACCUGAUGGUGCUCUAUUGGAUAUAUUAAGAAACGCUCAUGAUCUUCUUUCACCAUGUGAUAUAAAACUUCCCGAGAUUGAAGCUGAUGAGAACUACGUUUAUUCAGGACCACCAUUUCUUAUCCUUCUUCAUCCUGCUCUUGGUCCUCUUUGGGAAGUCACCAGACAAAAAUUUAAUGGUGGUUCCAUAUCGAAGGGCUCGGAGUUACAGAUAGAGGUUGCAGAGCUCUUUUGGCGGAAUGUUCAGGUCAAUGGAAGCCUGGUCAUAAAAGCCGAAAAUAUUAUGGGUUCAAUGAAGAUUGAUGAGAGUGGUGAAUCCAUACUGCAUCACGGGCAAAGGUGUGGAAGAUGUAAAUUGCAGAAUGUCAAGGUGUUGAACGAGGGAAUUGAUUGGAGUUAUGGUGGAAAUGUGUAUUGGAAACAUGAUGUGAAAAGGUCUGAGGUGCUGCAGAUCAUACUGCAUGGAAAUGCUGAAUUUGAAGCUACUGAUGUUGUCUUACAGGGAAAUCAUGUAUUUGAAGUUCCAGAUGGAUACAAAUUGAAGAUCAUGCCAGGAAGCCCAGGUUUAGCAAUCCAGUUAGAUCCAAUUGAAGAGGGUAUGAUGGACAGUGGAAGCUGGCAUUGGGAUUACAAGAUAGAAGGUUCUCACAUUAAGCUAGAAUUCGUAGAAUCAUAGACCACUAACUAUAUCAGAUGUCUGCUGCGUGAAUCAUGGUUCACAGUUGAUGUCGUAGCUCGCCUAUAAUAAUUUCUACUACCAAGAUGACAGGUUGAACAGAAGUUCAACCUUUGUGAUGUUAGGUUGUUUUAGACUUCUGUUGUAAUAUGUUUGUAAAAUCUCUUCCAUCUGUUCUCUUCGUGUUUUUUCCUGUAAUUAUAUUAUUGGGUUGAUUCAGUGUAACUAAUAUUGUAAAAUUGAGAGGAAUGCAAGCAAUGGAUACAUUCAUUAAUUGCAUGUGUCUUUCAUUAUUAAGAGAUGCUCUGCUUCGAGAUCCAUCAAAUAUUCACAAGCUUGUGCCACCCA